AUGCCACAUGCCAGACCCCCGCAAAAGUGUCUCCCUCCAAUGAUCGGGAUGGGGCGAAGGGAGCCCCGCAAAUAUCUCUCCUCUGUGGGACGGGACGAAGACGACCCCAGCAAAUGUCUCCCUCCAACGAUCGGGACGGGGCGAAGACAACGUGGCAGACCGAUACCUAGGCAAGCAGCACAUUACAUUUGCGAUCAAGGCGCUCCCGCAAAAGUGUCUCCCUCCAAUAAUCGGGACGGAGUGAAGGGUCCCCGGCAAAUGUCUCCCUCCAAAGAUCGGGAUGGGGCGAAGACUCAACAGAGCCCUGCAAAUAAUCUCCUCCAAGCGGAUGGGACGAAGGCCCCGAGGCAUGGCGCAGGCCUUUCCGUGGCCCUCGGGAUAAGUACCCGCCUCAACGCUCGCGACGGGGAAACCAACGUGCGCCAACACCUGGCAAGCGACAACGGCCUCGCUCAAUCUCCGUCCAGGCCUUCCAUUGGCGAGGGGAACGCCGCUUAUAAUGGAGUACGCCAGUUCCCAAUCAAGGUCCUGUUAGUUCAACAGCGAGUCCUGACGGAAGUAAUUUGUGCAGCUCUCAGUCAACGGCGGCUCCUCGCGCCGACACAUCAGGUUGUGUCAUUGCUGAUUGAUAUGUUUAUGCUUGUCGUUUCAUGA